AUGACCUCUUUCAAAGUCGAGUCCUGGAUAUGGUAUGCGGUGACCAUCUCCAUGGUCAUUGCGCGGAUAGUCGCACGUCUUCUGCAUUUCAAAUCCAUACUGCGACUUCAAAUCGAAGACUUUCUCAUGGUGUUGUUGACAUGCUUGUAUACAAUCCUGAUAGUCUUUCUCAAUAUUGACCUGAAAGUCUCGACGAACCUGAUCGACCCAGCGCAUCCGGUCGACUUGACACCAGCCGAAAAAUCCCACCGAGCAUGGGGCUCCAAGACAGUCCUGCUGGUUGAGCAAUGCAUGUGCGCAGUUCAAUGGGGCACCAAAUCCUGUUUGCUGCUCCUGUACUGGCGCUUGACACGCAACCUGAAGCAAGGCCUCAUCGUCAAGGGCGCCGCGCUGUACGUCGGAUUGACGUAUCUCGUCAUGGAGAUUCUGUAUUUUGGCGUAUGGUGUCGGCCGUUCCACGAAUACUGGGCCGUGCCUACGGACAACCAGCAAUGCAGCACGGCGCUACAUCACCUCAUCACCAACCUCGUGUUCAAUUUGAGCAGCGACAUUUUGAUCAUGUCGAUCCCGCUCCCGCUUUUUCUGAAAGGUCAUCUCGAGGUGAAACGCAAGCUGCUCCUCGUGUUUCCCUUCAGUUUGGGCCUGUUUACUAUUCUUUGUGCCAUCCUCAGCAAGCAACUCAGCUUUACGCAUCCGUACAGCUCCGAAUGGGUGUUUUGGUACUGUCGCGAGGCUAGUACCGCUAUGAUUGUGUCCAAUAUGCCGUAUAGUUGGGCCUUGAUCCGGAGAAUCUUCAAUUUGAGGUCUUUCUUUGGUGAUUCUACCGCGGAGGAAAUGCAGGGUGGCCACCCUAGACAGUUGCAUGGGUACAGUGCCACUGCUAGCGCCGGCGCCGCCACGUUGCAGAGUCAGAGUCGCUCGAGUUCGCAUCAACAUGCUGCUGCUGGUGGGAAGAUGUCCAAGUUUUGGAGAUCGCGCUGGCAUCACGAAGUCACUGGCAGUUAUUCCAACACAAUCUUGCGGGAGGGCACUGGCACUGCGAUGGAUGAGCAUGCUGAGAAUGUUGCACAAAAGCCAACGCCGGCUUCUAGUAGCGACAGCGGCGGCGCAAUAACGGCAACGCCGAUAAAGAAGACGGAUUGGACUCUGGAUCGCCUUUACCCUUUGGAUGACGAGGAAAUCAGCUUGCCGGAUAUCACGCGGCGGAGAUAUGAAGGGUGA